GAGUCAUAUCCUGCCCUAUUGGAUCCAAAUGAAAUUUUGUGUGCAUGCUUCUCUAUUAAAAUGGCUGUAAAGUGAGCCUCAUUCUGAAGGCUGUUCAGAUUUAAUCAUCAAUUGAAGAAUUUAUUUUUAAUAGAUUAUAUUAUAUAAUGCUAUGCCAUGUUUACUAAGUUGCAUUUCAGAGCCCCUCCUCUGUAUUUCUCUAUUUCAGAGUUUCUUUAAACGAAGAAAACCAUGGAAAUGGCCACUGUACUUUGUAACAGAGCUAGACUGGUGACAUACCUGCCAGGAUUUUAUUCUUUGGUUAGAAGGGUUGUAACACCCAAGACUUUUUCCACAGCAGGAUCAUCUGGCUCAGAUGAGCCUUCUAUUGCUACUCCGCCUCCUGACAUAUGUCCAAAAACUGUGUGGCCAGAUGAAGUAAUGGGACCUUUUGGUCCCCAGGACCAAAGAUUUCAGCUACCUGGUAACAUAGGUUUUGACUGUCAUCUAGAUGGUACAGCAUUUCAGAAGACAAGACAAGUUCAUAAAAAACUGCCUGAUAUAUUAAUGGAACCCUUGGCAAGUGAAAGGCAUGAAUUUGUGGUGGCUCAGUAUGUCAAUGAGUUCCAGAGCAAUAAUGCUGUCAAUAAACAGGACAUUGCCAAUGCUAAAAGUUAUUUUGAAACUGCAAAAGUAGAAUGUGCGAUACAAGCAUGCCCAGAACUGUUGCGCAGAGAUUUUGAGUCAAUGUUUCCAGACGUUGUUUCCAAUAACAUAACAGUACUAACAGUAACACAGAAAACUGUAAAUGACAUGACUGCAUGGAGUGAAGAGGUAGAAAAUGAGCGAGAAGUCCUCAUCGAAAAUUUUAUCAACGGUGCCAAGGAAAUUUGCUAUGCUUUGUGUUCCGAAGGCUAUUGGGCAGAUUUUAUUGACCCAACUUCAGGAUUAGCAUUCUUUGGCCCUUAUACCAACAACACUCUUUUUGAAACGGAUGAACGCUACCGCCAGUUAGGAUUUCUUGUGGAAGACCUAGGCUGCUGUAAAGUUAUUCGGCAUAAUCUCUGGGGAACUCAUGUUCUAGUUGGAAGCAUAUUUACCAAUGCUACCCCGGACAGCCCUAUCAUGAAGAAACUUCGUGGCAAUUAAUAGCAUCUUCUCACUUAAAAGUUGGUUAAUAAACAUUGUUGGAGAUAGAUAGAUAGAUAGAUUAAAUAUGCUGAUUUAUAGAUAGUAAAAGAUCUAUUAUUUAUUCUAGGUUUCAUAGUAUGUGAUUUAUAUACCAAUACAACAUUUUAUUUUUGAGAUUUGUGUAUAUAGCCUCUGAAAUCCUGAGAUCCUUCACUCAUGUAAAUGAUAUGAAACACCCUCAGCAAUUAUACUUGAGAAUACAAAUCCUCAACACUUUCACAGUACUUUGGUUUAUGCAUCUUUGGUUAUAACUUUGAAGAAGAAAAAUGGGGUUGUACAAUUGUCUCAGUAAAAGAAAUAACUAUCUCAGCUCUUCAUUUUUACCAGAACCAGUAUUACAUGUUGUUUGCAUAUUACCAAAAUAGCUCAACUUGAUUAUUUAAAGAUUGUGAUCAACUUGGAUUCUGUUACUACUGAUGGUAAAACAUAAAGCAACGUAACACUAUUGUGUGUUAGUGUGAAAUAUUUCAGGUGCGAUUCAUCUCUUGAAUCUAGCUUGCCAUGUUGGUGGCUCUUUCCUUGAAUACAGGUAUAGACUGAAGCCUACUACCAAAUAAUUAUCAUUUCUUGAGGCAUUACAGUAGAUCACAGAUUGCUGUUUGUUUCUCUGAGCACAAGGUAUACUACAAUUGCCCAACACAUCAGGUUACGUUGAACAUCUCUAGUAACUUGGGUGUCUCAGGUUAGCAUUCCUCAACUGGAUUUGGGUUGUAGUAUAUCAGACUUGUCAAUUGAAGGCAAAAGCUGUUCAGUGAGAUUCUGCAAAAAUCCAUGGUUACACUGAUGAUUUAAGAUCCAUGUCUCAUGUGCAGUUUGGCUGCAGAGUGGUGUAUAGUAUCAGUCAUUUGUAUAUGUGUCAGUGUAUGCCUAUCGUUUCUUUUUUUUCCCUGUGAUUUUGUUUACAAUAGUUGAAGAUGCCACAUAUGAAUAUAACGCUUCUAUUGGCUAAAGCCUGGUUUAUGGAUGCUGCAGAAUAAGGAAAUGGAAUGAAUGAUCUGAUCGGGCUGGACAUUUUAUAUUGAAAGGUAGUAUUAAAAUAUUUUAAGUACAUGAACAAACUGUAAUGCCUAUGGAAGAACAAGCAUCAUCCCCUUUUGCAGCAGAUCUUUCCUGUCUGGCCUCCGGCACGCCUUCAAAGCGUGGAGCUGUGUAGAGGUAGUUUGUUCACAGGCAGAGGCUGUUCCAAUAAUGGGGAGGCACCUUUGGAUUUCUCCCCUAUUGGUGAAGAAAUCUUGUUUCUUGUGCUUUCUUGGGUAAAGAGGAAAAAAAAAGUAGGAAAAUGGAACUUGUUUCCCUGAUGUUCUUACAUGGGAAGAUUUUAAUUUUCUGUUGGGCCAUUCAAAUGGCAGAGUCUUUUAUUCAUUUUGCUGGGUGCCUCAACCAGCCCUCAAUUUCUUAGCAACCAGUUGUAGUGAAAUCUUGUUUCAGGUGUUACAUGUUGAUGAAUUGUUGCAUCAGGAGUAGUUUGAAUAAGUUUGGCAUCUUUUAAACCAUGUUCUAGGGCAGGUGUGAAUUACUACUGACUGUAGCAUCAUGAGGAGCUAAGGGUACUACCUUGGGAAUAGUGGCAUCGUGCAAUUCUGCCCAUUUGCCUCUAAGCAGGAAAGGUUCUGCAGGAAGGAAGGUCUGAUUUCUUUAUUUUUCUUUCUUAUUUAUGUGGAUAAGAAAGACACAGACUUUUUCUUUCUCCAGAAAAAGGAAAGAUAUCACCUAUCAAAUCAGUUGUUGGAAGAUGGUCAGGACAGAGGAAAUCCUUGCCUAAAUAAAAUUUUCAAAGCUAUAUCCACUUCAUAACAUAAACUUUUAUUUAUUUUCAUUACAUUUUGCAAAUAUUGGCAGGCUGCUAUUUAGACAGCUUCAUCAACUGUAAAUUUAGGUAUAAUUUGAAAUCUGCUAUAUGUGCACCUAUUUUCAUACUGAAUAAAUGCUGGAAGAAGAAACACAUGUAAAUACUCAUUCAUCCUGACAUAAUUUGUAAGUUGUAUAUUGGAAGUAACAUAAUUGGAAGUAAUUUCAGCUUUUGCAAGAAAUAAAGUGGGGAUUCAAUAUUGUGGGCAUAAUGUAGCUAGUUUAACAGGGUACUUUCUGUAUUAACAGUUAAUUUUUAAUGCUGCCAGUAUGAUUGUGAUAUAUGAAAGAGAAGUGACUGAAAUAUAAAUUAGUUGGUGCUGCUAUAUUUUUCAAGAAUGGCCUUUUUUCCCGUAAUAAUUUAUCAAUAAAACUGUUUUAAGUACUGUCUUAUCUUUCCAAUCCAAGUAGAGGGGCUGUUUUAUGAAUUAAUGGAUGCAAGUAUGUUACAGUUCUAAAUACUUCCUGUAUAGUAGUGAACUGCUCUUUAUAGAGUGAAAGAGGGAAUAAAUUUAUGUCAGUCCUUGUACUUU